AUCUUCUGGCGGGAGAGGCUUGAAUUAAGCGGCAGCUAGAGAGAUCGAGAACCAGAGGAAGAAGAAAAUGGCAGAGGAGAGUGCUUUAGAGAGAGAGAGGCUGCAGAUCGAGCAAAUUAGAGAGCUUGAUUCGGAGGAACUGCAGAUUGAAGAAGUCGACGACCUUGAUGAGUCAUCUGAUGGCGACGCCGCUGAUGAUCGUGGCUAUGAUGGGGCUUUGGCAUCUGCUGACUUUACCUUUGACACCGGUUUGGCUUCUUUACACACAUAUCUUGGUGAGGUUGAAGAGACCAAUCAUAGGAUGGCUUUCCUGGAGGGCGGUGCUGUGUUGAAUCUACCACUAUACUACCUUCAAGGAGUUCUGUUCCCGGAGGCCACUCUUCCUCUAAGAGUUAUUCAACCUAAUCUUAUAGCUGCUGUUGAAAAAGCGUUGACACAAGUUGAUCCUACUUAUACUAUUGGUGUGGUACGGGUUUACAGGGAUCCUGGAAAUAAUGGGAAUAUCAGAUUUGCAUCAAUUGGGACAACUGCAGAGAUUCGACAAUUCAAACGUCUAGAGGAUGGUUCAUUGAAUGUGGUUACCCGUGGCCAACAACGUUUUUGUCUAAAACGUCGGUGGAUUGACGUGGAAGGCGCACCAUGUGGAGAGGUCCAAAUAAUCCAAGAAGAUUUGCCAUUAAGAACUCCACGUGAUGCCGUGGGACAAUUGGCACCUUUAAGGAAUUUACGCCCGCCACCUACCGACUGUUCUAGGACUAAACGACAUAGAUAUGGAAAUGAAGAUGAUGAUUCAGGUGCAACAUCAGAUGAAAGUUUUGAGAGUGAGCUUUCACUUACAGAAAGAGGAUUGCACCGGUAUGCAACCAUUUCCUGUUAUGCUAGUGAUAGCGACGAUGAGAAAAUUGUGGGCGAGUCAAAACUCCAAUUGGAUAAAUUUCCAUCAAAGGGCUCCAUGAGGAAAAUUUUGAUUUCAAAAACUCAAUCUCAGAAGGUUAGGCGGAAAAGAGAUAGGUUUUAUGAAGUUCCAAGAGCAUUUUGGCCCUACUGGGUUUAUCGUAUGCAUGAUUCAUACUGUCUUGCACAGAAAGCAGCAGAUAAAUGGAAACAGAUUGUAGGGUUACCAAGCAUGGAUGGACUUGUGAACAAACCAGAUGCGCUCUCUUUUUAUAUUGCCAGUAAAAUUCCAUUAUCCGAAUCUACAAGACAGGAGCUUUUGGAAAUUGAUGGAAUUUCUUAUCGACUACAACGGGAAAUUGAGUUACUUGAAAAUUUUAAUCAUAUUCAAUGUAGAAGUUGCAAGACUCUGAUUGGGAAGAGGAGUGAUAUGCUGGUGAUGUCCAGUGAAGGUCCUCUAGGUGCUUAUGUGAAUCCAGGUGGCUAUGUGCAUGAAAUAAUGACUCUGUACCGAACAAAUGGUUUAGCGCUUCUUGGAAUUCCUGUUAAAGAAUACAGCUGGUUUCCUGGGUAUGCAUGGACAGCUGCAAACUGUGCCGGUUGUGAGAGUCAAAUGGGAUGGCGUUUUACAGCCAUAAAUAGGAAGCUGAAACCAAGAGCAUUUUGGGGCAUUCGAUGUUCUCAAGUUGCCGAUACGACUCGAUGAACCUUUUUGUUUGCAACUGCCUAUUCACAUUUCAGUUGCCUUCAGGUAAGGUUAAUCUGUGUAUGUUUUUAGAUAAUGAAUUUCCCAGUAAAAGCCAUUCUAAUUGCUUUAGGAUCCUUCGAGAAGUGUGAAUCAUGUGCUGGUGAAGAAUAAUGGGUGAAGGUUUUGGGAUUUGUUCACAUUAAUAGCUGCUUUAUUCCGUUUCUAGGUAGAAGUGCUUCAAAUCUUGAUUUCCUAUUCUCUUCCUGUUUUUGAAUGUGACUGCACAAUUAUCCUAGUUUGCCUGGACGUGGAGCAACAUGUUUGAGUUCCAGUUGGACUCGUGGCCUCUGUAUGCAUUCUAUUUUUUU